AUGAACUACACCGGCAUCCUCGCCGCGCUUUUCUACGCAGGGGUGAUGUCGGUGGCGUCGGUGUUCAUAAACAAGGCGCUGUUCCACGUGUACCGCUUCAAGUUCCCCUACACGCUCGUCUUCUUCCAGACGCUCUUCACUCUCGCGCUGCUCGCCGCCAUGCGCCAGCUGCGCCUCAUCCGCGUCACGCCCUUCCACCUGCACGUCCUCCGCCGCGUAAGUGUAUCGCUGCUGUCAUUUGCCUUCCUGCUGAAGCUCCUCUUGGACAUGGCGGCUCUCUCCCGAGUGAACAUCCCCAUGUACGGCGUCCUCAAGUCCGCCACCACGCCCUUCGUGCUGCUCCUCGACUUCCUCCUGCGCGCCAAGCGCGCCUCACCGCGCAUACAGCUGGCCGUCUACACCACCGCGCUGGGGGGCGUGGUGGCGGGCACGGGCGACCUCACGUUCGACCUGCCGGGGUACGUGCUGGCGCUGUCGUCUGCGCUGGCGACGGCAGCAUACGUGGUGAUAGUGGGGAAGCUGGGCGAGGAGCUGCAGCUGGACUCGUUCACGCUGCUGCUGUACAACAACUGUUGGUCGCUGCCCUUCGCCUUCCUCCUCGUCGCUGCCAACGGCGAGCUGCCGGCUGUGCAGCGAGUGCUGCAGUCACGGGAUGCUGUGUUCCUUGUGUGCUUCGCGCUGUCCUGCGCCUCUGCUUUCAUACUCAACCUCGCCACCUACCUCUGCACACUCGUUAACGACAGCCUCACUACCAGCAUUGUUGGUGGGUCCUCCUCCGAUUACCUUCUCUCCCCCACACUGCCAAUCUAUGCCUUCCCCAGCCUUACCACUCCUCUCGGCCGCACCAAGUCCAUUUUGCAGGGCUUCGGAGGGCUCUUUGCAUUCGGGGAUGUGCUGGUUAGCCCCACCAAUCUCAUAGGCCUGAUAGUGAACUCAGGAGGAGUGGGGUGGUACGCGUAUGAGAAGUACGUGGAGGCGAGGGCCAAACAGAAGGGAGCGUACACACUGUUGGCGGAGCACCACCAUCACGAUGCCGACAGCAGAACAACCAUUGCCAGAGAUGGCUCACAGGUGGGUUGGCGCAUGUAG